GUUAUGUUGUGCUGGCCAAAUGAAGGAACCUAGAAUGUUUAGCUGAAAUCCCUGCCCACAGAGUGUUACUGUGUAACGUGGCCAGGCUCUGUGUAGCCCCGUGGGCUCAAGGUUUGGAUAGCAGAGUGAUCCCCAGACCUGACCCGGAAGAACUGAGUGACAGCCCAGGACUUGCUGCAGCAUGAUCUGUAUAUUGCUGGUCGCAGGACACGGGACGCUGCUGGAAAGUCACAUCAAGGUCUAAAUUCCUGCAACAUUCUUACUAGUCAUAACAUGGGACGGGCUACAUUCUAUCACAACGUUACUAUGGAAAUAUCUUCAUCUUUGCAGGAUUAUUUAAACGCUCUACAGCCUGGGGUGGAAAAAAGAUUGAAAAAUGCUGUGAUUAAUUAGUAAAAAAUUACCUUGGGAAAUGAGAUGUUUGUGGCACAUAUAGGAUACAUAACAUUGAAGCGUGCAUUAUGGGAAACAAUGACAUCAUAAGGCGAUGGAGAGAGCAUCAUAAACCACGCAGGCACAGGUCAAAUCUCAAGAACCCCGAAAUACCUAUCCCGUAACACGAACCCAUUGUCUUAGUUGUAAAUUACAUGACUUUAUUAAAAAACGGUUUCUUUAAUCUUAGGACUGUGACAGGUCUGCCUGAGAUUGACUGAGAUUGGGGUGCCCAGUCCUCCACCUCUUACAUGGCAGAUGUGAUGGGUUUCUCCAUUCUUAUUCGCUGAUAAAGUUUAUAUUUCUAUCGUUAAACAAUGUAACAGAAACGUGCUAAUUUAACACAUUAUCACUGAGAUAAGAAACCCGACAGACACAAUGGAGACUGCACUUCAGGCGAUAUCCGUAAUUUAUUCGGAACAGGAUGUAUUUUUGGGGUUCAUUUGCUCUGUUUAGUCUAUUUCUAUAUCUAAAGGUGAUUAUUAUUAUUAUUAUUAUUAUUAAUUAUUUUACACUUUAAUUCCAAGUAAGGGGAAGAGAAGCUGAAAUUAGAAGAGUUGAGCCCAAUUUCUAUAUAACAAUGCUCUGGCUAUCCCUGAGCAGGAGGGAUUGUAAUCUCCGUAUUAUUACUACCCUACACACAGUUUAGUGCACAUACUCUGGAUAUUCCUAUAACGGGCACUUUAUUUAGGGAGAACAUGGAAUAUGCAAUGUCCGAGUCUGCCACGAUAUACCAGGAGGUCACUGUGGCAGUGGCUGUAAAAUGAGUUGAGGUAAAUAACAAACUAUCUGCCGCAGGAAGAAAUGACACGUUAACGCUGUGUAAUAUUAUUUUUUUUCUCUGUCUCCUUGUUAAAGGCCACAAAAUGUUUGUUCUCACUGUUGCAACCGCAGUGCGCAGACUGUGGGAAGCUGCGCUUCACUGUUUCCUGACAUAAAUUAUAUGAAACGUUUUUAGUCUUUUGGAGUUUAACAUUGGGUUAGUGUUUCAUCCUAUUACCUUACAGACUAAACUCAGAGCAAGUUCUGUGCUGUAACUAUUGGGGGACAAAAUGGAUGAAACUGAACCCCAAAAUCACAAAUAGAUCAUAUAAGUAAAUUUUAUUAUAUGAAUAAAUGCCGUUUUAAUGAAUAAACAUCACUUACUUAUCUGAAUUUGCUGAAUGACAUUGUACCCUGUUACCCAGUCUGCUGUCUGUAAUUAUACCAAAUUCUUUUCAUUUAAAGGGACACUAUAGUCACCAAAAUAACUUUAGCUUAAUUAAGCAGUUUUGGUGUAUAGGUCAUGCAUCCUCAGUCUCACUGCUCAAUUCUCUGCCAUUUAGGAGUUAAAGGACCACUAUAGUCACCCAGACUACUUCAGCUCAAUGAAGUGGUCUGGGUGCCAGGUCCCCCAGGUUUUAACCCUCAGAGAAACUGCUAUGUUUACAUUGCAGGGUUAAUCCAGCCUCUAGUGGCUGUCUCCCUGACAGCCGCUAAAGGCACUUCCACGUCGCUCAAUGUGAAAAUCGCAUUGAGCAUGCAGAACGUCCAUAGGAAAGCAUUGAGUAAUGCUUUCCUAAGGGUGGUUUGAAUGCGGCGCAUUCUGCUCCACUCGGGAGCUGACGUCGGAGGGGGAUGAGAGGUCACCAGCACCGAGGGAGCCCGGCGCUGGAUUAAGGUAAGUGUCUGAAGGGGUUUUAACCCCUUCAGACAAGCAGGAGGGUGGCCCUGAGGGUUGGGGGAGCCUAAGGACUAUAUUCCUGGCACUAUAGUGGUCAUUUAAAACACUUUUGUUUCUGUUAAUGCAGCCCUAGCCACACCUCCCUUGUCUGUGACUGACACAGCCCGAAUGAAAAUAAUGGUUCCACUUUCAAUCAGAUGUAAACUUGUUUUGGAAGUUUUUAUCUCCUGCUCUGUAAAUUGAACUUUGAUCACACACAGGAGGCUGCUGUAGACUGUGGCAGGCUAUUAACAGAGCAGGAAAUUCUAAACUAAACAGAAUGUACAAUAAAGUUCAAAUAUCGUACCUCACAUUACAAAUGGACAAAGAAGGGCACUUUAAUUUUAGGGGAGUGGUUGGGAGUGAGGCUAGGAACAGAGCUGUUCUGAGAAAUUUUAGGUGACUUAUUAAUAACAAUUUAUAAAACUAAAAUGUAACUUAGAACAAGAACAAUGUGUCUCAUUUACACAGACUGAUUUCUAAACACAUUACUGGGAGCAUUAUUGUUGUGGAGCUCUGUUAUACACUCAGACACAUUACUGGGAGUAUUAUUGCUGGGGAGCUCAGUUAUACACUCAGACACAUUACUGGGAGUAUUAUUGCUGGGGAGCUCUGUUAUACACUCAGACACAUUACUGGGAGUAUUAUUGCUGGGGAGCUCUGUUAUACACUCAGACACAUUACUGGGAGUAUUAUUGCUGUGGAGCUCUGUUAUACACUCAGACACAUUACUGGGAGUAUUAUUGUUGUUUAGCUCUGUUAUACACUCAGACACAACAACAAUAUUGAGCUCCUAGAAAAGAGGGACAUAACAGUAGAAAAGGGAUUUAUGCCAAAAAUAGGAAAUGUCCCUCCUGAAUAGGGUCACUUGGGAGGUAUGAAACAUUAGAUCUCUCUUGACAGGAAGUGUUUAGGGAGGCUGUGUGAGUCACAUUCAAAGAGGUGUGACUAGGGAUGUAUAAACAGAGAGAUUUAACUCCUAAAUGGCAGAGAAUUGAGCAAUAAGACUGCAGGGAUUUGUACAGCAAAACUGCAUCAUUAAGCUAAGGUUGUAUUGGUGCUUAGAGUGUCCCUUAAAUAAUAGCUGUAGUUUAAUUCCAUUUAGAGUUAGACACUUCAGGUAUAUUUUGUAGCCCGCAAUGUAUGAAUUCCACAUAUUGAAAUCCCUCCACAGAGAAGCAAUAAACUGCCCCUAUCGUAUUAUCUUACCUGUGCCAUCAGCAAACACUGGCACUCCUCAAUCCCCACUGUAAGAGUAUUAAAAAACAGAUUAAAGAGACGUGGACCCCGCACAGACCCCCGAGCGACGCAAAUGUCAUGUUUGUUGUAAUUGAUCAUUGGAAACAAACUUAUAUGGUUUGGGACAGAUCUAAUCUUUAAUAUGCUCCUAUAGAGAAUGCCGGGUGUUGCGUGACUCUUAUAUUUGCUGUUUUAUUUCAGAAUGAUCAGAGUGGGUUAUAUGACAUUUUGGAAGACGUUCCCAAAGCCCUGCUGCCCGGUGUUGGAGGGAAGAAAAUUCUGAAUUUCUGGUGGAAAGCUGUGAAUGUGUAAGUUUAAUGCCGAGACUCUGAUACUGUCACCAAAUCUGUGGAACCGUUUUGGGCAGGAAAGCCAUGCUGUGGUCAGUCAUAUAUGGCUUCCAGCUAACUUUUGAACCCCUGAACCGAUUGCCCUGAUUUUCGAAUAUGUUGUUCCCCCAAGUAUGCUUGUUCUGAAAAUGUAUGUUUUAUGUGAAUUGCAUGUAUAGUUUGAAAGUUAUGAAUAUUGUGUAAAACUGUAUAUUUUCUGCCUGUGAUAAUUAAGUUAGCCCAUUGUGUUUAGUCAUUAUAUCACAGGCAGAAGGGAGGGUUUGUGUGCCUUAACUGGGAGUGUCUGACUGUAUGUGUUUGAUUGGCUGUCCCACAAGACCACGUGGGUGGUAACCUUGUGGGAAAAGUUGCAUAUAUGACAAUAAACCCUCAGACUGCUGAGAUUCCUGCUUGACCCUCAAUACAGAGCCUCGUCUCAUACUUGGGGGAGGAUUAUUCGUGUGUUUUCCUGUUCGGCGCUUAGGAGUGUUCGGUAGCUGAUCUUGUAUUCGGGAAGGGAACAUCUUUGACUGUUAACCCCUUUUAUACCUGGGGUGCCGUUACAGUUAACAUCUUUUGUUUUAAAAGAAGAGCACAACAACAGAGAGUUCAAUGAUACACAUUUUAAAUAAUGAUAUAAAUUAUAGAUAAAAUUAAGCUUAUAUUUCUUAGUAUCUUCAACAAAUGCAAUACAUACACACAGAUUGCUGAACACAUUCACACACCGACUGCUUAACACAUUCACACACCGACUGGUGAACACAUUCACACACCGACUGGUGAACACAUUCACACACCGACUGCUGAACACAUUCACACACCGACUGCUGAACACAUUCACACACCAACUACUGAACACAUUCACACACCGACUGCUGAACAUAUUCACACACACCGACUGCUUAAUACAUAUACACACACACCGACACACAGACAGACUGCUAAAUACAUACACACGGUCCGCUAAAUACACACACACAAACAUACACACUGUCCGCUGAAUGCACACACACUGCUGAAUACAUACACUGCUGAAUACAUACACACACUGUUGAGUACACACACACACACAGACUGCUGAAUACAUACACAGUCUGCUGAAUACACACAGACACACACUGCUAAAUACAUAAAGGCUGCUGAAUACACACACACACACAUAUACUGCAUUGAGGGGUGCAGUGUAUGUGUUUGUGUGUAAGGGUGUGGAGUGUGUGUGGAGUGAACAGAAAAAAAAAGGUGAAAGCGCACAAACAGUGGAAUAUUGUGAAAUAUUCCACUGUUUGUUUGCUUUCACCUUUUUUUUUCUGUUCACUAUAUCUUUCAUUUGGUGUAAUAAGUAACUGUACACCGAGGUGUUUUUAAACUGCACCAGUUGUAGUAUUUUGUGUAUAGUGCCCUUUUCCCUUCUAUUGUGUAUUUCUUGUGUGUGGAGUGCUGUGUUAGGGGUGUGUGUGUGUGUGUGUGUGUGUGUGUGCGAGGUGCUGUGUUGUGUGUGAGGGGUGCUGUGUUGUGUGUGUGUGAGGGGUGCUGUGUGUGUGUGGGGGCUGUGUGUGUGUGAGGGGGGGGUGCUGUGUGUGUGUGGGGAGGGGUUCUGUGUGUGUGGGAGGGGUGCUGUGUGUGGGGUAGGGGUGCUGUACUGUGGGGGGUAGGGGUGCUGUGUGUGUGGGGGGACAGGGGUGCUGUGAUGUGGGGGGUAGGAGUGCUACGCUGUGGGGGUAGCGGUUCUGUGUGUGGGGGUAGAGCUAUGUAAGUAUGUACAGGUAAUAUUUAGGAUAUGACACUGAUAUAGUCCAGUGCCUGUUCAGGUAAUAUUUAUAAUGUGAUACUAAUAUAGUGCAGUACCUGUACAGGUAUUAUUUAGGAUGCGUUACUGAAAUAGUACAGUACCUGUUCAGGUAAUAUUUAGGAUAUGGUACUGAUAUAGUACAGUAACUGUGCAGGUAAUAUUUAGGAUGCGAUACUGAAAUAGUACAGAAACUGUAUAGGUAAUAUUUAGGAUGUGAUACUGAUAUAAUGCCUUACCUGUUCAGGUAAUAUUUAUAAUGUGAAACUGUUAUAGUACAGUACCUGUACAGGUAAUAUUUAGGACAUGGUACUGAUAUAGUGCAGUACCUGUACAGCUAAUAUUUAGAAUGUGAUACUGAUAUAGUAUAGUACCUGUGCAGGUAAUAGAUAUGAUGUGAUACUAAUAUAGUGCAGCACCUGUACAGGUAAUAUUUAGGAUGUGUUACUGAUAUAGUACAGUACCUGUUCAGGUAAUAUUUAGGAUAUGGUACUGAUAUAAUGCAGUACCUGUAGAGCUAAUAUUUAGAAUGUGAUACUGAUAUAGUAUAGUACCUGUGCAGGUAAUAGUUAUGAUGUGAUACUAAUAUAGUGCAUUACCUGUACAGGUACUAUUUAGGAUGUGAUACGGAUAUAGUACAGUACCUGUACAGGUAAUAUUUAGGAUAUGGUACUGAUAUAAUGCAGUACCUGUACAGCUAAUAUUUUGAAUGUGAUACUGAUAUCGUAUAGUACCUGUGCAGGUGAUAUUUUGGAUCUAAUACUGAUAUAGUACAGUACUUGUACAGGUAAUAUUUAGGAUGCAAUAGUGAUAUAGUGCAGUACCUGUACAGGUAAUAUUUAGGAUGCAAUACUGAUUUAGUUCAGUACCUGUUCAGGUAAUAUUUAGGAUGCAUUACUGAUAUAGUGCAGUAACUGUGCAGGUAAUAUUUUGAAUGUGAUACUGAUAUAGUACAGUACUUGUACAGGUAAUAUUUAGGAUGCAAUACUGAUAUAGUGCAGUACCUGUACAGGUAGUAUUUAGAAUGUGAUAAGGAUAUAGUGAAGUACCUGUGCAGGUAAUAGUUAUGAUGUGAUACUAAUAUAGUAAUAUAUUGAUACUGAUAUAAUUAGUGAUGUCCCGAACGGUUCGCCGCGGACGGCGAACAUAAACAUAAACUUUGACCCUGUACCUCACAGUCAGCAGACACAUUCCAGCCAAUCAGCAGCAGACCCUCCUUCCCAGACCCUCCCACCUCCUGGACAGAAUCCAUUUUACAUUCAUUGUGAAGCUGCAUUCUUAGUGAGCUGUCCAGGAGGUGGGAGGGUCUGGGAGGGAGGGUCUGCUGCUGAUUGGCUGGAAUGUGUCUGCUGACUGUGAGGUACAGGGUCAAAGUUUAUGUUUAUGUUCCCCGUCCGUGGCGAACCGUUCGGGAGAUCACUAGAUAUAAUAUUACACAGGUAAUAUUUGGGAUGCGAUACUGAUAUUGUGAAGUACCUGUGCAGGUAAUAGUUAGGAUGUAGUACUGAUAUAAUGCAGUACCUGUACAGGUAAUAUUUUGAAUGUAAUACUGAUAUAGUACAGUACUUGUACAGGUAAUAUUUAUGAUGUAAUAGUGAUAUAGUACAGUACCCAUUGUACAGCGCUAUGGAAUGUGAUGGCGCUAUAUAAAUAAUAAAAUAAUAAUAAUUGUAAUUUUAAGGUAAAAUUUAGGAUGUGAUACUGAUAUAGUGCAGCACCUGUACAGGUAUUAUUUAGGAUGUGAUACUGAUAUAGUGCAGCACCUGUUCAGGUAAUGUUUAGAAUGUGAUACUAAUAUAGUGCAGUACCUUUUUAUAGGUAAUAUUUAGGAUGCGAUACUGAUAUAGUGCAGUACCUUUUAUAGGUAAUAUUUAGGAUGUGAUACUGAUAUAGUACAGUACUUGUACAGGUAAUAUUUAGGAUGCAAUAGUGAUAUAGUGCAGUACCUUUUAUAGGUAAUGUUUAGGAUGCAAUAGUGAUAUAGUGCAGUACCUUUUAUAGGUAAUAUUUAGGAUGUGAUACUGAUAUAGUGCAGCACCUGUUCAGGUAAUGUUUAGAAUGUGAUACUAAUAUAGUGCAGUACCUUUUAUAGGUAAUAUUUAGGAUGCGAUACUGAUAUAGUGCAGUACCUUUUUAUAGGUAAUAUUUAGGAUGCGAUACUGAUAUAGUGCAGUACCUUUUAUAGGUAAUAUUUAGAAUGUGAUACUAAUAUAGUGCAGUACCUUUUUAUAGGUAAUAUUUAGGAUGCGAUACUGAUAUAGUGCAGUACCUUUUAUAGGUAAUAUUUAGGAUGUGAUACUGAUAUAGUACAGUACUUGUACAGGUAAUAUUUAGGAUGCGAUACUGAUAUAGUGCAGUACCUUUUAUAGGUAAUAUUUAGGAUGCGAUACUGAUAUAGUGCAGUACCUUUUAUAGGUAAUAUUUAGGAUGCAAUAGUGAUAUAGUGCAGUACCUUUUAUAGGUAAUAUUUAGGAUGUGAUACUGAUAUAGUACAGUACUUGUACAGGUAAUAUUUAGGAUGUAAUAAUGAUAUAGUGCAGUACCUGUACAGGUAAUAUUUAGGAUGUGAUACUGAUAUAGUGUGUUAUUUGUUCAGGUAAUAUUUAGGAUGCGAUGCUGAUAUAGUGCAGUACUUGUUCAGGUCCUAUUUAGGAUGUAAUAGUAAUAUAGUGCAGUACCUGUUCAGGUCCUAUUUAGGAUGUGAUACUGAUAUAGUGCAGUACUUGUUCAGGUAAUAUUUAUGCUGUGAUACUGAUAAAGUGCGGUAUUUGUGCACUUUAAUAAUAUUUAGGAUGUGUUCCAGGUCUUCUACUCAAACACCACACAUUUCAAUGUAGUUUUGUUCAUAUUAUAUGUUAGCUAUAAUUAUUUAAUGUUUAAUUACAUUCAUGCUGAUCAUAUUCAGUUUUUUUUUUCUAAAGUGAGAAUUUCUGGGAAUUCAAACUGAAUUUCAAAAUUUAAGUCAAAAUAGUAUAAAAUAGAACUCACUUUAAUGAGUAGCUCUGUUAUUUUAAUAUAACACAGCUUUGUGUGAGAAACUUUGGGAAGUUGUAUUAUAAUUUAUCUAAACCUGUAACUUGCGUAGACGUGAAGAAGGAAAUUGUCCUUGUCUGUGUUUCCCGUUGAAUCCUGCCCUUUGUUUUGACCUGUGUGAUGCCAAAAUAAAAUGUAUGGAAUAAAAUGUAUGUAACUCCCCCUGUGUGCGUGCAUACAGGUUGGUUCUCUGGAGGUCUAGCAUACUCUGAGCUCCCUCUGCCGAUAUUUGAGAUGAAUUACCCCCAGACGGUGCCUGAUCCCACUUGCUGCAUUUUGGCAAUGAUGAGGUUUGAGAUGUGCUGUCAGGGGCUCAGUGUUAAUAUUUGGCAUGAGAUGUCUAGCCAUGCUGUGAUAGCAGAUGGAAGGACCUCCAGUGUCUGUAGCGAAGGCUAUUAAUGAUGCAGGGAGUGGUUAAGUGGAUUAGUGAGAGGAUUAACAUAUAUUACACGUAUUAAACAUCGCAGAUUGACACAGCACCGUUUUGCAUCACAUCUACUCCACAAAACCGUCAAACAAGUUCUGGGUUUAUUCAAUUUUAAACGUUAACAUUAAACGCAAUGUUUAUAAUAUGUGAACUGCUUAAUAUAUCAACAAGCACCAAAUUAGAUUAUGGUAAUGGAAGUGAAGCCAUAAAAUGAUAUUCUGGGAGCGAUCGAUCCCUGGGUCACCCCCUUACACUUCGCGAGUGAUAGGCCUAGAUGGUGAAUAAUUAAUUUAACACAAAUUAACCUGCAACAGGGAAAGCUGCCUUCAUCACAACAAGCAGGCUAAUUAGUGAGGCCACAAGCCAUUAGUCUGUCACCAGAAGUUAUUUAAAGGAAAUUAAAUCAUUAAAAAAUACAUAGAUAUUUUGGGGGGUUACAUAUAACUAGUAAUGUACAAUCUGACACUAAGUGUGGUCUUUUUGGCCAUAUUUUGCCAUUUCUGCCUGUACAUGUGGUGUGAUAUUGUGUAAAUGGACUCUAUGUAUAAGAAUAACAUUGGACAAGACAAGUUUGUACAUUUCUGUUCUCACAUUUGCACCAUUUAUUACAAUGCAGAAAAUGGCAAAUGUUAAGUGGAAAUGCUUCAUAGUUCAAUAGUGCUGCGCUGCAGAAUACGUUGGCACUAUAUAAAUAAUUGUAAUUGUAAAGUGGUGUAAAAAGACACAAAAGACAGUUUUUGCAUUUAUUUUUACCCCAAAUCUGUGACACUACAAAGAUUUUUUUUUUGUACAUUAGCAUUAACAAUAAUUGUGUCUCCAUUGCUAUUCUAUUUGAAAAAUAGUUUUAUCUAAAAAAUAUUACUGCCAAAAUGAGGUUGACCAAUAUCGGGCACCUAAACUAACACUGGUCAUUGUCAGCCAGUCUGGAUCAGGCUGGAGUGAUGGGAUUUGUAGUUUGUCAGUUCCCAAUGGACAGGAUGUUUAUAUAUGUUUAUAUAUAUAUAUAUUUAUUUUUUUAUUUUAUCACUUUUUUAAAUCUACUUUUGUUUUUUAAUCUCUCUGAUUCUAGGAGACAGCUUUUCAGUGAAGUUUAUCUCGUGACCAAUGCAGACAAGUAAGAAACAUUUCGUUAAAGUCAUUUAUAAAAUUCUCUCAAUAAGUGUUACAUGCCUUUUAUUGUUAAUAAAAAAAAAUUCUGCAUAAAAUGCGCAGUGGUCAGUCCACCCCUGGUCAUAGCUAAAAAGAUGAAAUCACAGCAUUUAAAGUAUCUUGCAGAAAAACUCAGACAAUGAAUAAUUAAACUAUUCGUUUUUUAGACACUUGCUAUAACUGAUGUCAUCUGUUAGUAAAUGUCACUUAUUAUCCGUCCAAGACACAGUCUAUUGUCCGCCUCUUUCUGUUUAUACAAGAGACUUUAUAUCCAAUGAUUUUAAUGCUGUCUUUGAUUUAUUUAUGGUUUGAUUUAUUCGUGAUAUUUGACAAUUGGCGACAAUUAUCCUAAAGUAACACUCAGGAGAGAGUGGACGCCACCAUUGUAAGGAGACAUGUUUUAGAACAGUUUGACCACUUACCUGGAGUCCCCACGAACAGGGCUGUCUUAGCACAUGAGUGCGCUGGCCUGUUGCUUGAGAAAUAGUGGCCCCAUUGGCUUGCCAGCUUUUCAGUAUAUUAUUCUUGGAGAUUUUUUUAGGACCUUCAAACCCUCUUUAUUAAAACGUUUAGGUAAACUAAUCCCCUCAGUAUCAGCUGUUAUCAGUACAUGCAAUCUUGCUGUUGUGAAUACAUAUUGACCUUGACGAAAACAAUGUGCUCGUACUAAUUGGACAAAAUCAAGCCGAAAAGCUAUAAUAACAUUCUUCUAAUAUUACAUAGUUACAUAGCUGAAAAGAGACUUGCGUCCAUCAAGUUCAGCCUUCCUCACAUUUGUUUUUUGCUGUUGAUCCAAAAGAAGGCAAAAAAAAAACAGUUUGAGGCACAAUUUUGCAACAAGCUAGGAAAAAAAUUCCUUCUUGACCCCAGAAUGGCAGUCAGAUUUAUCCUUGGAUCAAGCAGUUAUUAUCCUACAUUGAAAGAUUAUAUCCUUGAAUAUUCUGUUCUUGCAAGUAUGCAUCUAGUAGCCGUUUGAACAUCUGUAUGGACUCUGAUAAAACCACUUCUUCAGGCAGAGAAUUCCACAUCCUGAUUGUUCUUACAGUAAAAAAACCUUUCCUUUGCCUUAGACGAAAUCUUCUUUCUUCCAGUCUAAACGCAUGGCCUCGUGUCCUAUGUAAAGUCCGGUUUGUGAAUAGAUUUCCACACAAUGGUUUGUAUUGGCCCGAAUAUUUUUGUAUAAUGUUAUCAUAUCCCCUCUCAGGCGACGUUUUUCUAAACUAAAUAGGUUUAAAUUUGUUAAUAUAGUUUUACCAAUCAAUAUCAGUUGCCUCCCCCUGCUACCUACUAAAACAUUUGUGUGGAUUAAUCUCUGAUGUACAGCAUAUUUUUCAUGUUUAAACAGAUUUUGUUGGAGGUAUCAAUAAAUAUAAGCUUAAAGGGAUACUAUAGUCACCAAAUGAACGUUUGCUUAAUGAAGGUGUUUUGGUGUAUAGAUCACGCCUCUGAAGUUCCACUGCUCAAUUCUCUGCAAUUUAGUAGUGAAAUCACUUUUGUUUCUGUUAAUGCAGCCCUAGCUACACCUUCCCUGGUUGUGACUGACACAGCCUGCAUUAAAACAAAGUGGUUUCAUUUUCAAUCAGAUGUAGCGUGCUUUAAAGGUUUAUAUUUCCUGCUCUGUAAAUUGAACAUUAUUUACAGGAGGCUAUCAAAAGUGCAAAAAUCUAAAAAAAAACCUUGAAUAAAGGAAGUGUAAACAUUAGAUGACUCUUUACAGGAAGUGUUUAGGAAGGCUGUGUCAGUCACAUGCAGGGAUGUGUGACUAGGGCUGCAUGAACAAAGUGAUUUAACUCCUAAAUGGUAGAAAUUGAGCAGUGAGACCACAGAGGAAUGAUCUAUACCAGGCAUUGCCAACUUUGGGCACUGCAGAUGUUUUGGACUACACCUCCCAUGAUGCAUUGUCAGCAUUAUGGGUGUAAGAGCAUUAUGGGGGAUGCAGUCCACAACAUCUGGAGUGCCGAAGGUUGCCUACCCCUGAUCUAUACACUGCUUUAUUAACCUAAAGUUGUUUUGGUGACUAUAGUGUCCCCUUUAAUUUUAUCAAUAAUUUAAAUUUUCAUUCCACUGAGUGGUUAAUAACUGAAUCUUUUGUCUGAUAUGUUUAAGCGUAGCCUGGAUAGCAUUAGAUGUCUAUAAAUGCCCAGUUCUUCAUUACUGUGUAAACUGCAGUGAAUUCAACGUGAAUCCCAAAUAAAAUAGCCAUCCGUUUACUUGUGAUCAAUUCCAAUACCUGAUAAUUCACCAUUUAGUGAAUAACUCUGCAUGUGUUAAUAAUCUGCUAAUACGGCGAUCAGAAUGUGAAUUAACACGAUAAUUAAUCUUUAUUGUUACAUUAUUCUCAUUAUUAGGAUUUAUUCAGUGCUGGUGCUGUACACAGGGAUAUUAAAUGAAAGACUAGUCCUGUGAGCUGGCAAUCUAAUAUAAAAUAUAUAAACAUUGUAUCUGAAUCAAUUAAACUAUGUGUGACCCUGAACACCCCCGUAUCGCUGUACAGGUAUAAGCAUUACGAGCGGUGGGCUACAGCAAACGACUUUCCAGUGGAGAAUAUUAUUAAUGAUGGGACCACCACGUAUGACACGAGGCUCGGCGCUGUUGCGGACCUUGAGCUUGCAAUUUCCAGCAAAAAGCUACACGAUGACAUCAUGGUGGUCAGUACUGUUCCGUUAUCUACAUUAAUCCCAAGUCAAUCAAAAAAUAAAAGCAUUGAUACAUAUUUAAAUAGAUUCAAUAGAGUUGCUGUUUUGGGGUACAGAUAAAAACUCCCAAUGUAUUUUGGCAUUGCCGCCCUCAGUCAUUGGCUAAAUACUGGGCUUUUCAUACAGGUUUCAAAUUUCUGUGGAAAAAAGGCGGGUCUGGCGACUGAGCAUAGUUUUUAUUUAUUUAUUUUCUGAUAAAUUAGUUCUUUCCUCAUCAAUCAGUGUGAGAAAGAGACAUUUGAUAUACAGCACAGAGGGUGAUAAGAAUUUAGAUGAUUUUCUAAAACGUGGUAUUCCUUACAUACAUGGAAUGUAAUAUAUGUCAAUCUAUAAACACACAGACACAAAUUUAUCAAGGUGAAACAACCCAGGAACCUGGUUUACUCUAUAUUUGCCCCUGUUUGUGUUAAACCCGGCAGACAAUAUGUGUUUUACAUUCCCCUGUUUGAGCAGUUAAUAGAUAUCGCAGCUUGCUGAUCAGUUACACCCUCUCCUAUUACCCCAUAAAGUGUUUGUACUGCUUUAUUUCCCCCUGGGUAUCUGGAAUUUUCCCCUUCCCAGCAGCCAUGACAUUGCCGGUAAAAUGAAUGACGCUAUAUUGUAGCCAAUUCCUGCAAUCGUUUUACACAGUUAUUCACUAAAGGGAGAAUUCAAAGUGACUGUAAGGUGCAUAUCAAAUUUAAGGUAAAAGUAGUUGAAAUGGACAAAUUUUCUGAAUCAGCUAUGUUUGCAGUACGAUUACUAUGGCCUUAAAUUUGAAACUUUUUGACCUUUUAAUUCUCCCUUUAUUGAAUAACCCGGUAUAUGUUAAAAGUACCGACAGCCACAGUGUGAGCUGCAGCGAAGGAUCUUGAAGAGCGUGGGUUGAUAAAACACACAAAUAAUAAACCACUUUGUCUUCUCGAACUCAUCCUGUUCUCUGAGGAAGAGAAUAUUAACACGGCUGUAAUGCGGGGAUUGGAAAUGCUGGAAUUCCUGCUUACAGCUAUCUGCCUUGUAAAUUGCAUAUUUGGAUCAUCAGCCCCUUAAUAUUUCCUCCAUAUCUUCCUCUGAAGCCGAGAUUGAAUGGCAGAAUGAAUAUCUGUACUUUGGAUGAUGAGAGAGCUUUCCUUGAGAAGACAUCAUGGCUGAACAUGAGAUUGUCCAAUCAGCGGGAGAUAAAGGAGAGUAUAAUGUCAGCGUCGCGGCUGUGCUCAAUCCUUCGCUUCCUCGCUCACUUGAUAAACCUGGAGAGUAAAUGCCCAAACACACACUUACCAUCCAAAUUCAUUAUUCAAAAUUCAUAAACCGUACGCCUGUGACACGCUACAAAGCAGCUUCAUUUGCACUUUGAUGGGUAAUUUAUAAGUCUGACAUCUGGGGCAGAAUUACUACAGUGAAUAUUUUGCAAUCUUCCUUCUUUCUUUCUUUUUUACAACAUACAUUUUUUUGAUCUUAUUCUAAGAAAAAUUGUGUUUUGCAAAUAAACCGUAAUAGGAAUGCACAACGCACUGCUCAUUUUGUUAUAGCGACACAUCCUGUCACAGGAUUUUAUCCAAUCACUGACUGCGUCUGUCUCUUAGAUCGCAGGGGACAUGCUGUGUGCCGAUCAGGAUUUUGACAUGGCUCAAGUACUUAAAUUCUUUCGGCUGAAGGUAAGAAAUUGUGGUUUUAAACAUUUCUUUUAGCAAUAUCUGCCCCAUUAAGCUUAAUUUUUAAAGGGUCACUUUAAGCGCCAUGACCUCUUACGCUGAUUGUGAUUUUGGUUGUAGUUACCGUAUUUUGUUUAAAAGCACAUAGUGUUAUAAUAGUUCUAUUUUUUAAAAAGCUUCAUUCUCCUUUAAUGCUUAUUUAUUUCUUGUUUUAGGCAGGUGAGCUUGCAAUCUAUUAUGAGAUGGAAGAUUGGGAGUGUACAUCCACCAGAGGGAUAGUGGAGGUCUGUCCAGACACACACAGGUAUGACCUAAUUCCUAAUGUUUAUAAUAUGUACAGUGUAUUUGGGGUGUUGAACUUGUGUUUGUAAUAUGUUUUUGGGGUGUUGAAGUUGUACUUGAGGGUUCCAGUGGUAAACUAGAGAAGUUGAGACACCCAUAGUUGUUAUAAGUGGUGUCUGGAUUUCAUAAUCCUUCUCACACAGACAAUUCACUUCUAGAAAUAUUUUGUUUUAUUUAAUUUAAAAGAAUCACAAGGAAUCCUAUUUUCAUUUUCAUUCCAAUUUCAAAACGUCCUGUGUUUAUUGUUCCACGAGGAGAUGAUUGCAGUGUGAGGGAUACUUUUUCUGGAUGAUAUCUGCAAUAAUAUCUGUUUGAGCCAUUUCAGCAAACUUUGUUUUAUUCCAAAUUCUUGCUUGAAUUCAUUUAAUCUUUCAUUCUUGCUGAAAUGGGCCGAUUUAACACUUCCUUUUCAAGUCCCCAUUGAUGUCUAAAGAAUCCGUUGUGGAGCUGCACUGUUUUGCCAAAUGCUCAUUAAAAAUAUUUUUUUAUGUUUUUCCCAGAAUUUUGCACUUUUUUGAGAAGCCUCAACCUGGGGAAACUACCUCGAGAAUGGCGAGCGUUGUGUUUUAUUGUUUCCGAAAGGAAACGUUAAAAACUUUGCAAUCUUUUCUGAACGAAUUCCCAAAUAUCGAACAGCGAGUUCUGGGCCGAUAUAUGGUGAGUUAUAUAUAAAGGAGAAUUGUCACUCCCAGAAUUUUUAAUAUAGGUUUACUUCUUCCUAUAUUUAACAAAAAUAUAUUUCUGAGUUGUAAAAGAUAAAAUUUAGACCUUGCCGUCAGCCUAGAGAGAGUGGGGGAGAAAUUAAACAAUGUUAUAAUCUCUCCUCUUCAUUUGCAUUGUGUGCCCUGACUGUGCCUUGUCUGAGCUAGAUUACGAGGUUGUCUGUUAAAUCGUUAAUAUAAAUUUAAAUGAAAGCAGAGCUUCUCAGGAAAAAAAGUUUAACACAAGUUACAGGAGAUUUUCAAUAUAUUUUAAGGGACACUUUCGGCACCCAGACCCAGAUGUCCUUCCUGUUUUUAGAAAAUACUGCUAAUUGGACAAAUCAUUUUCGUUUUUGUUGGAUUAACAAAACACCCAAUUCAGAUUUGUUUCCACAUUUGUUGUUUAUCAGGAAUGGCUCAUAAAUGUCGUCGAGGUCCCCGUCUACGGAAUGAAGCUGCCAACGGGCUUCCAGCUGAUUGGACAGGUGGUAAGAAUUGACAAUGUUCUAUAUGGAUCAGUAGACUGGUGCAGAGAAUCGUACAAAGCGAGGAGAAUGGCAGCUAUGUCAGUCCUUACUAAAAUCCCGCGUGGUGAAACUUUCCACGCCGCUCACCAGUUUCUAAUUACCGCCUGACGCGUGGUUUUAUUUUUUUCUCUGUCGUUAAUAGGGUUUGGCUGAUUAUACCAAGUGGCUGACUCACUAUUCCACAAUGAAAAAUGAACCAAAAGUGAAGUCAAUAACGUGUCGAGCUUAUGCAAGGUAAGUGGUGGUUUUAGAAUAAAUGGUAAAGGAGGUGAGUGUUGGUAUGGGUCAGAAUAACCAUGAAGUAGGGUUUUUCCCUGUAUUUAGUUUUUUUUCACUACUGAUACAUUAUUUAGGCUGGAGAGGAAUUGUAUUGACCCUCUAUCUCGGCGGUCAGCAACUCCAAAUGUUGUGGACUAUAUCUACCCUGAUUGUUGGCAUUUUGACUGAAAGAGCAUUAUGGGAGAUGUAGUCCACAGCAUGUUGAGUGCCGAAGGUUGCCCACCCUUGCACAGCCUGACAGUAAUGGGAUUACGGGGCGAAGCUUCCUGUAUUAUCGGUAAUGACAUCACACCCUAAUUAACCCUGUGUGUUCCAAUUUAUGGCAUGCUAUGAGUCUCUAGUUAACCCUGUGUGUUCCAGCUCAUGGCACGUUAUGAGUCUCUAGUUAACCCUGUGUGUUCCAGCUCAUGGCACGCUAUGAGUCCCUGAUUAACCCUCUCAUUGCUCACCUGUCAUUAAGAGGUAUCCUGCGCUGAGUCUGUAAAUUGCUGAUCAAUUCAUUGAAAUGUGCUUUCUCCAGGUUUUACUCCAUGAUACACUCUGUUUUGUGCCAAUGGAUUCUUCUGAUUAUUAAUAUUAUUAAUCAUUUCAUUUUUACAGAAUUGGAAUAAUUGGAAACCCAUCAGACGGCUACUAUGGAAAGACCAUUUCAAUGAGUAUUGCGAACUUUUGGGCCGAAGUCACAAUAUCAGAAAGUAAAAAACUGGUGAGAGCAUUUUAUUUAGCUAUGAUUAAUUCCGCCCUGUAUGGAAAUCAAAGCCUUUCCUUACUGAUUAAUCUGGCAUUAAAUGGGAUGAAAGCCGUUUCACAGGAAAUGCGGACGUGUUUGUUGUCCGUUGAUGCAGCGUGCAUCAAACACUCAAAGAGAUUAUUCACUUUAUCAGCCAUGUCUUUUACGCUAACUAGCUGCAGACAAGCGACAAAUAUGUAAAUCUGUGUCUUAUCAAAGUGAGAUGAUUCACUCCGUAUUGUGAAGCGAAUGAUGAUCCCCAGGGGAUGUUUGCUAUUAGAAGUUGACGUUGCAUUGUUUGUCCCUUGAAGAGCCUGUUCUAAUUUAAAGAUUGCUUUCAGACUGGUUCAAAGCUUAGAGCUUAAACUGUGUUCCAUGUGAAAGGGAAUGGACUGGAUUUUAAUCCUCCUGCCUUUCACAUCGCCAUCGAUGUCCUAUUGAUCCGAGCGCUAAAAUACUUCAUUACUUUCUGAUUAAUAAAUACAGGGCAAAUAAAUCUUACUUAAAACGCGUCUUGGGGAAGGAGAACGAACCUGGUACUAACGCAGCCAGCAGUUCAUCUAUAUUUGAUAACAUUUAUCCUUAGCAGUGUAAAAGUAUGUGAAAUAUUAUCGCACUUUUCAGAAGCCUUUCGUUGCUUGCUGUUAGACACGUGAUUCGUGGACAGACUUGUCACCAUUCACAUGUCGCUCCACCAAACUCUCUCUCUUCUACAAAUCAACCAAUUCACGAAAAUACAGGAGUGAGUGCCGGUCAUUGAGUCUGGAUUUAUUUUUGAAUAAUUAAUUAAUUUGAUUAUGUAACACAUUAUGGUAUAAAGUAAUAAAAUAUAUAUUAUAUAUACAUAUUUAUUUAUGAAUCUUUUUUUUUGUCUCAGGUACUUGUUCCCCACCCACUCAAUGAUCCGACAGAAUUUGGGAGUUUACUCGAUUUGUUCUACAUAAGUAGAAAGGAGGGGUGAGCUAAUAACAUUUACUGGGAUGUCUAAUCAUGUCUGUCAGUUUGUGAAUUCUAAUUGAUUCAACAAAUCAUUUCUCUUGAGUUUCAUACAAUUGAUAAAAGCUGUAAUUCUGAUAAUUCUCUGUGUUUCCCAGGUACCUGGGUGGUCUGAGGCUGUUACAGGCCACAUGUAAGAAAUUCUAUGAGUUCUGCUCAGAGAAAGGGUGAGGCAAAUUUAUUGUACCCAAGUACAUAAGAUGACUUUCAUUAUAUUUCUAUGCGGUUGUGAUUUUUAAAAAAAAUUUUUAUUGUAAUUGUAAUUAUUGUUUAUGGAGUCAGUAAUUUCAUAUGUUUUAAAGGGACACGCUACCUAUAACACCUACUAUAACUUAAUGCAGUGGUUGUGGUGCAGAGAACCUCUCCCUGCCGUCUCAGCAGUGAAAACGCUAUCGUUCCAUCGCCUGCGAUGACCACCACUUGUGGUUGUCACUAAUGUUUGAGGCUAAUUCAGGGAUCAUGAGAUUUGAACAAAAAGCACCGCACUCCAUUAAAAUCUCACAUUAUCGAAAAUCUAGUUUAAUCAUACUAUUUAUCAAACAGUAUAAUAAUGUCACCUAAUACUCCCCAAGACAAGAUGUCAAUACAAAAAUGGUUACUGUACCUUUAAGUAAAAAGCAGGUUCCCUGGAAGUGAUAUGAUACAAAUAAUGUAAAGAGCCGGGAUAAUAUUGAGACUUUACUACUAUAAACGAUCUGUGCAUUAAAAUGAGGAGAAACGUCAGGUGCUGUCUGUAAAAACGGAACCGUCAACACACCGAAUUGCACUACAAUAUUUUAUGAUAUAAUUGCAUUUAUUGAACAAAUAUAGAAGUUACCACCUGCAAGAUUUUACAAAUGGAUAGAAAUCCGACAUUAAAUAUUCACCCUAACUAUCCCCUAAAUACAGAUAGUACUAUGGGUAUUAUCAGGGCUAAGGAUAAUAUGAAUACUAUGGGUAUUAUCAGGGCUAAGGAUAAUAUGAGUACUAUGGGUAUUAUCAGUACUAAGGAUAAUAUGAGUACUAUGGGUAUUAUCAGGGCUAAGGAUAAUAUGAGUAAUAUGGUUAUUAUCAGGGCUAAGGAUAAUAUGAGUACUAUGGUUAUUAUCAGUGCUAAGGAUAAUAUGAGUACUAUGGGUAUUAUCAGUGCUAAGGAUAAUAUGAGUACCAUGUGUAUUAUCAGUACUAAGGAUAAUAUGAGUACUAUGGGUAUUAUCAGUACUAAGGAUAAUAUGAGUACCAUGUGUAUUAUCAGUACUAAGGAUACUAUGAGUACUAUGGGUAUUAUCAGGGCUAAGGAUAAUAUGAGUACUAUGGGUAUUAUCAGUACUAAGGAUAAUAUGAGUACCAUGUGUAUUAUCAGUACUAAGGAUAAUAUGAGUACUAUGGGUAUUAUCAGUGCUAAGGAUAAUAUGAGUACCAUGUGUAUUAUCAGUACUAAGGAUACUAUGAGUACUAUGGGUAUUAUCAGGGCUAAGGAUAAUAUGAGUACCAUGGGUAUUAUCAGUAUUAAGGAUAAUAUGAGUACUAUGGGUAUUAUCAGGGCUAAGGAUAAUAUGAGUACCAUGUGUAUUAUCAGUACUAAGGAUAAUAUGAGUACUAUGGGUAUUAUCAGGGCUAAGGAUAAUAUGAGUACUAUGGGUAUUAUCAGUACUAAGGAUAAUAUGAGUACUAUGGGUAUUAUCAGGGCUAAGGAUAAUCUGAGUACUAUGGGUAUUAUCAGUACUAAGGAUAAUAUGAGUACUAUGGGUAUUAUCAGGGCUAAGGAUAAUAUGAGUACUAUGGGUAUUAUCAGUACUAAGGAUAAUAUGAGUAAUAUGGUUAUUAUCAGUACUAAGGAUAAUAUGAGUACUAUGGGUAUUAUCAGGGCUAAGGAUAAUAUGAGUACUAUGGGUAUUAUCAGUACUAAGGAUAAUAUGAGUACUAUGGGUAUUAUCAUGGCUAAGGAUAAUCUGAGUACUAUGGGUAUUAUCAGUACUAAGGAUAAUAUGAGUACUAUGGGUAUUAGGGCUAAGGAUAAUAUGAGUACUAUGGGUAUUAUCAGUACUAAGGAUAAUAUGAGUAAUAUGGUUAUUAUCAGUACUAAGGAUAAUAUGAGUACUAUGGGUAUUAUCAGGGCUAAGGAUAAUAUGAGUACUAUGGGUAUUAUCAGUGCUAAGGAUAAUAUGAGUACUAUGGGUAUUAUCAGUACUAAGGAUACUAUGAGUAAUAUUGGUAUUAUCAGUACUAAGGAUAAUAUGAGUACUAUGGGUAUUAUCAGGGCUAAGGAUAAUAUGAGUAAUAUGUGUAUUAUCAGUACUACGGAUACUAUGAGUAGUAUGGAUAUUAUCAGUACUACUGAUACUAUGAGUACUAUGGGUAUUAUCAAUGGGUAUUAUGAGUAAUAUGGGUAUUAUCAGUACUAAGGAUACUAUGAGUACUAUGGGUAUUAUCAGUACUAAGGAUAAUAUGAGUAAUAUGGGUAUUAUCAGUACUAAGGAUAAUAUGGGUAUUAUCAGUACUAAGGAUAAUAUGGGUACUAUGGGUAUUAUCAGUACUAAUGAUAUUAUAAGUACAAAGGGUACUUGGGUUCUGUAGUUGCUAUUGGUGAUUUGUGUUUUAUGGCUAUCAUAAGUGCAUGGGCACUAUCAAUACUAAGAGUACUAUGGGUACUUUGGUAACUAGGAAUAGUCUGAGAAUAUGUAUGUGAUUGGUAUACAUAGGUACUAUGAGUACAUUGGUACUGUGGGUAUUGGUAGCCCUUGUUAUACCAUGAAAACUAUGCUCACUAUGGGUACUAGGAGUGAUAUAAGUACUCUGUGUACCAUAUUUACUGUGAGUACUGUGGGUUAUUGGUAGCCGUUGUUAUACCAUAAAUACUAUGCUCACUAUCGGUACUAGGAGUGAUAUAUUUACUGUGAGUACUGUGGGUAUUGGUAGCCCUUGCUAUACCAUAAAUACUAUGCUCACUAUCGGUACUAGGAGUGAUAUAUUUACUGUGAGUACUGUGGGUAUUGGUAGCCCUUGUUAUACCAUAAAUACUAUGCUCACUAUCGGUACUAGGAGUGAUAUAUUUACUGUGAGUACUGUGGGUAUUGGUAGCCCUUGUUAUACCAUAAAUACUAUGCUCACUAUCGGUACUAGGAGUGAUAUAUUUACUGUGAGUACUGUGGGUAUUGGUAGCCCUUGCUAUACCAUGAAUACUAUGUUCAGUAUGGUUACUAGGAGUGGUAUAAGUGCUCUGUGUACCAUAUUUAGUGUGAGUACUAAGGGUAUUAGUAGCCCUUGGUAUACCAUGAAUAAUGUGCUUACUGUGAUACUAGGAGUGGUAUAAGUGCUCUGUGUACCAUAUUUACUGUGAGUACUAUGGGUAUUAGUAGCCCUUGAUAUACCAUGAAUAAUGUGCUUACUGUGAUACUAGGAGUGGUAUAAGUACUCUUGGUUAAUGUAUCACCAUUUGCUUCCUAUUUGUAUUAUUUCACGCAAUCCAUUUUCCGGUUAAAUGAUCACAUUAUCUCCCAGCUCUGGGUAUUUGUGAAUUAGUCUGAUAUCUAUAAUUGCAGCAUCGCUCUGUCGAAGCAGAAUUUUACAGUGAAGUAUAAUGUGAACAUCCCAAGACAAGUGGUGAGUUUAUAAUAAAUUGCACAUUCUGCCAUUUUCUGAAAUCUUGUUCCAAAUAGUUACAGAGAAAUUACAGCGUUUUCUAUAUUAAUAGUACAGUUUGCAGUGCUGUCCGCUUUAACCUCUCCCUUCCAACGCCAUUUUUACACGGGCAAAAUAUUCCCUGCAGAGUAAUGGUAAGUGAAAUUACACCCGUUACGCCACACUUACCUUACCCUCCACUCCAGCAGUCAAUUCAUGCGGGGGAAAGAGAUUUCUGUACCUGGAAUGCGAUGAGAGCCACAGAUAGUGCAGAUACUUGGUUCUAACUGAGUAACUGUACUUACUGUAUAUGGGCAAUUGGGCAUCAUAUCCGCAAUCAGACUUUAAUUCAAUCUGUAUGGCACCUCCUGGAAACUGACCAGUCAGCAGUGGCAUUGCCCGCUCUCCUUUUACAGUACAGGUUAUAUACUCAGCACGGUUUCAUGUUUAAUUCCCGGUGAACAGAAAGAUUAGUGAAAAAGAGAGAAUUUGUGAUAUUUAUCUGAAAUCCUUUGCUCACUUAGCUAAGGAUUAAUCUGUAGAAUUAGUUCUAUUCCUCCUUUCUUCUUGUGACAAACAAAUGUUGGAAUAAUAAUAUAACAAACACAGAUAACAAGCAGGUAAAUAUAAUAAUUACAAUGAUUGACAGGGGUACAGAGAAUAGCCAUCCAGUAGAGGUGGUAGAGACUAAUAUAGUUCAAUAUCGCCAAAUAAAUAGAUCCCAGGGUUAAAUGUCUUCAUGCAUUCUUUGUAGAGUUGUGCAGUGUAUUAAAAAUGGGUAUUUCUGUUUAACUCCGCAGGUUAAAAUCACAGUCUUAACCUUUAUUCUUUAAUAUUAUUACUACUUACUAAAGCAGAUUUUUUUUAUAAUUCUGUGUUCUAUGUUUGCAGGGUCUAGCUGGGAGCAGGUGAGUGAAUUCAAUUAUUUUAUUUCAUAUUUGUAUAUUAGAAUGUUAAAAAAACAAAACAACUAUUAUUAGAAUACAAAAUAGUCAUUGACUUAAAUUGUUCUCAGACUGUGAUUUGUAUUUGUAAAACAUAGAAACCACACAAUAAAGUGUAUUUUAGAAACAACACAUAAAUAAAUCAAUGAAAUCGUCCACUCACAUUGUACAAAUGAGAAAUCCUUCCAACGACACGGCUUGCCGCCAAGGAUGUGCGUGUCUCUUUAAACCCAUACAUGGGAGAUUAUUAGCAUGGAUUCCAGCGAUGCUGUAAAUAUAUUCUAAUUUAUCAGGGAAUUAUCUACUAAAUGAAGAUUGCUGUGUGUCCGUGUGUUUAGGAAUCACUCCAAGUAAAGAUAUUAAAUUACAAUUUCUUCCACACUCUCCUCUAUCACUCGCACAAUAUGUUCAGGAGCGCAGACAGCGGUUUUAACAAACCGUUCAGCUGGGAUUCAACUGCAUCCAUAAUAAUGUGUUCAUUCUCCUGCAAAUGGCUGUAAUACAUUCAGAGCCGCUGGCGCUGUCACAGGGUCUUUAUAAGAAUAGUGGCCUUUAUUAGCUCAUUUCGGAGGCACUUACUGUGUGUUACAGACCCAGCACUUCUUACUCCGUGUCUUUACAUGUCUUACAAAUAGAAACACUUUCUUUUUCAGCGCAAUUGUGUCUGCAACAUUAAAAUGCCUCAUGAAGUUUUAUAAUCUGACGGAUGAUGUAAGUCUCACGUACUCUCAUUGUCAAAGCUCUUAAAACGUUCUUAAAGAAAAACCAAACUCGCAUACUUUAAAGUUUUGUCUAUUUAUAAACAAAUAUAAAAUAGUAAAAUGAAAGGGUCAUGCUAGGCACCAUAACCACUUUGCUUUAUUGACCCUUUCUUUGCAGCCUUCGGCUUAAUAAAUUUGUCAGACUUUUAAAAUGGGCUCGGAAAUUAGAGCCUGUAGCCCCGCCUCCAAUCUAUGUCAAUCAGAGAGCUGGGAAUUACACUUCCUGGCCAAGCCAAGUCAUACCAAUAAACUGGCACACCGGUGCUGACGUGAAGGAGCUUGCUUCCCCCGUCUCUCUGAUUACGCAUGCAAGAGGUGUAACCCUGGAAUAUAUAAUUAUUAUUAUAUUAUCUAUAUGACUGACACAGAUAUAAAACUGAGCUAUGAACUUCACUUCAGAGCCCUAUCCUAGUAUAUUUCAAUAAAUAAACAAGAGGAAGAGACAGCGCCAAUCAGCCUAUAAGGCAGCAACCCAAAAAGGGAAUCUCCCCAAAACCCUAAAAAUACAAAGUAAAAUCAAAAUAUAAAAGAAGGGCUGCGCCAACCCUUCUUUUAUAUUUUGAUUUUAUUUAGUAUAUUUCAAUACCUUUUUUUUUAUUGGACUGACAGAAAUUUGUAGUGACUAGUUUUUGUUAAUUCCUCCCUUUAUCAAAUUUAAAUGCUUCCCGUUAUUCCAAUAGUAAUUUUUUUUUUUAAAUCGGCAAUACUUUAUUAUUCUACAAGCCCUGGCUUGUCAGUUUGACACAUUUUCCAAAUAAAAGCCUGGGGGGACAGGGUGCUGGCACCAUAACCACUUUAACAAGCUGAAGCAGUUCUGAGUGUCUCUUUAAUUUUAUUGUUGUGAUAUAUUUGUACUGAAAGCAAGCCUGCACCUGGGGAAAGAUAGAAACAAAAACAUGCAAACACACACAGUGCUGAGAUACACUGAUGCAAUAUACAACAUGCAGAAACACCUAGUUGAAUAAGCAAAUAUCUACAUACAAAUGACAUAUUUCCUGACGAUGUCCUCAGUCCUGACAAGCGAUGCAUGGGGGAUGAUCCGAACGCACUAAACUCUGGCACUGGACCUUUUGGGAUUCUUUGUUAUAAUUCGCUCCUGGUCAGGUGGUUGCAAUCUGACUGGCAACAAAUAGCCAAAAUUGUUAAAGAUGUGAUGAUACCAAACAGGAGAUAAAAACUCCCCAGUCAUUUAAAUCAGUUCAAAAAUUUCAAUACAUCUACAAAUCCCAGGGCAGACCUUAGAAAAAGUACAAUCUGUGGUUUGUCAAUGGCCCAGUCCGUUCUGAGGCGUUUCGGAAUGUUGUAUAUUGUAUCAGUUUUCUAUACGGUGUGUGCGCGAUCUGUGUAUCUUCAUGUUUAAAAAGCUACAUUUUAAUCCGUGUCAUUACUGUGAAACCCUGAAAAAGUUUUUAUUUAGAAUCUGUGCUCAUUUGAAUAUUCUGCACGGUAUUCUGGGAGUUUUGUGGAAAACCAAAUUUUAGAACUGCUGUGUAUGAGGUAAUAAUAAUAAAAAAAGAUAAAGAAAAAAACACAUUUUAAAACAUGUUUUCUGAUAUUAGUUUCCGUUGCUUUAUUUAGUAUAGAAUGUACCGUUGUGCUCAUGACAUCAAGCUAGUAACGGUUUAGCAGUGAAAUAGCCGCCAUUUUUUAAUUUGGCAAAAUCAUUUUAAAAAGAAAAGCGUUAAUUGUCGCGAGAUGCGAAUCUAGCCGGAGAUUUUAUCCGUAAAUAAUGAAUAAUAAACAUUUCUUUGUAAUACGUAUCCAAUGCCUGUUUUAGGAUCUGCCAAAAUCGAUGAGACCAAACUUCAUUCUCGAUGUGGAAAAGGAAGAGUUGUUUAUUACGGCAGGACUACAAGACCGCGUCGUCCAGGUAAAUGGCGGCUGGGUAUGUUUCUCAGUCUCUCAUCAUGUUCGUAACAAAGAUCAGCUUCUAUUAAUUGAGACCCCAUUAAGUGCUCGCCGUGUAUUGUAAACACUCUGUGCGUAGCUCUUAUUUUACUACAAUUCUUUCUGAACAAUCUUAUAUCGUGUUGGUUUAACUUAUUAUUAUUUAUUCAUUUCCCUAUAAAAUGUACGCCAUCUUUAUAAACACUCGGACGGUUAUUCAUUAAAGUGAGAAUUUAACGUAAAUUUAACCAUUUUAGGCCAAUAUAACCAAACUGGAUGCACCCAUUGUACAGCGCUAUGGAAUCUGAUGGCGCUAUAUAAAUAAUAAUAACUGACUUGGAGACUUUUUCAAGUUCGACUACUCUGACCUUAAAUAGUUAAAUUCACUUUUAAUUCUCACUUUAAUUAAUUACCCUGUUAGUCUACUGAUGAGCACACUAAAUAUAUUCCAAUGUAAUAAUAAGGUGAAGGCACACCCACCCAAAUAUUGUCCACUCUGGAGCUCCAGCACCCACCCAUAUAUUGUCCAGUCUGGAGAACCAGCCCCUGCGGGUAGAAAUAUUGUCCAGUUUGGAGUUUCAGCCCCCGCGGGUAGAAAUAUCAUCAGGCCUUGAGAACCAGCCCCUGCGGGUAGAAAUAUUGUCCAGUUUGGAGUUUCAGCCCCUGCGGGUAGAAACAUGGUCCAGUCUGCAGUUUCAGCGCGCCCAGAAACCCGUAGCAGUGCAGGCUGGGAGUGUUACAGAGUGCGGCACAGUGCGGGGCGUUGGGCGAUAUAUGAAUCACUCAUAUAAUAUAAUUCCUUGAAUUGCUCAUUCCCUUUAGUUCAUGGUUACGUGAGUUGGUGAUUCGUCUGUGUUAUUUUAGGUGUACGAAGGCCUGGUGUACAUGGAUUUCAGUAAAUCCUUAAUGGAGGAGCAGGGCUACGGUACGCAUCGUUCUCGUUAAUCUUGCUUUAUUAUAGAUUUUAUAACAUUCUGGAGCCUGUUUUACUACGCGGCUCUAUUAACAAAGCAAGGAAUUUCAUUUUAUCUCUCUGAACGCAGGAAACUAUGAGAACAUGGACAUGGACAGCGCCCCUCCGUUUUGGUUGGCGUACAUGAGAGAUCCGAGCGAUUCCGGGGUAAUUCAUAGUAAUGUGCGCCAGCGAUGGAUUAACGGUGAGUUACUAGAAUGGUUUCUUUUAUCAUAUUAUUGUCAAAUUAUAAGAAAUAUAGUGAAGAUGUGUAACACACCCCUAGUGCGUUUGGAAAAUCACUGCCAUCAAUUGAUAACCAUCAAACUAUAUUAAUACAAUAAGCUGUAAUAUUACAACACACUGUAAUAAUACAAUGAGCUGUAGUAAUACAAUGAGCUGUAAUAAUACAAUGAGCUGAUAUAAUACGAUAAGCUGCAAUAAUAUGAUAAGCUGUAAUAAUACAAUGACCUGUAAUAAUACAAUGAGUUGUAAUAGUACAACAAGCUGUAAUAAUACAAUGAACUGCAAUAGUACAAUGAGGUGUUAUAAUACAAUGAGCUGUAAUAAUACAAUGAGCUGUAAUAAAACAAGCUGUAAUAAGACACUGAGCUAUAAUAAUAUAAUAAUCUCUAAUAAUAUGAUGGGCUGUAAUAAUACAAUAAGCUGUAAUUAUACACUAUUUUGUAGUGCUUAUGGUGCUCGGAGAGCCCCUUUAAACAGACCUUAUGCUGAUACUGCAGGAUUUUGCUCAGAUCCAUCUUAUAAUAAUCCAUGGUUUCUGCUUUGGUUUCAGGAGACCCAGAUGUUCUGGAAGCGAUGAGAUUGUUUGCAGAGCUGACCGAUCAAGCCAGGUGAGUGGGCUGGUAGAACAUUCCGUAAAUGGAAUAAUGAGGAUAAACCUCCAGAGGAUUGCUGUUCUCUCCGGUAAAUAAUACACAGAAAAUAUAUUUCACUCGGUGGAAACUUUCUUAGAAACUUAAUCCUAAUGGCAGAUAAUCUAGAUCGAGGUAAUUCUGGCCAUUCUCAAACUAAAAUCUCAGGCUUUAUUCUGGAUGUGUCUGUGCCAAACCCUCCACUGUAUGAGUUUCUACCACCUUUGCUGGCAGUCCAUUCUGUGUAUUUACCCCUAUUUUUGCAAAAAUCGAUCCUUCCCACCUUCAGGUCCUGGCUCUCCUAACACCCCAACUUCUACCCUUUUAAAUCCCUUAAUACAGGAAUGUUAGGAACCUGAUAUCUUUGAAUGUGGAGCAUUCACCAUGGAAACCACUAACCCGUUCCUGCUGAUUGCUCCACAUUUGGACAAUUUCCCCAAUUUACAGAACUGCAAUAUGACCCAUUGUUUUCCAGCAACAAACAUGGAAACGUGGCUGUACGUAAGCCACUUAUCUGCUACGAAAAGAAAAAUCCAUUUCCACCCCAAAUCAUGCCAUGAUGAAAUAAAACUGGCUCAUGCGCACAUAUCACUGAAACUUUCUCUUUCCCCAGAAGUGCAAUGGAGAAUAAAGAUUGGCCAGAACUGGCAGAAUUAAUGAACAGGAACCUAGAACUCAGAAGGUAAAGAUUUUCUAUAACUAAUAUUUGGGUAAAAACAAAAAGCUCUAAUAAAGUGUGACCGUUUGAUUGGGCGAGAGCUGAACCAACGUGGUACUCUCCCCAACAGAUAAAGAUUUAAACAAACCCCAGCGAAUACUAAUUAUUCCAACCAAGAUACUGCAAGGUGCUGAUUGGCUGAACCAGUAUUCCCAGUUUAUUUCUGAUGCGCACACCUCCCAACAUUUCACAUGAACAAAGGGGUUCCAUAUUAGCGGUGGGAGUGGGAGUGGGCCCAAGGGCGAGGCUGUGACUUACUAAUAACAAUUUAUAGAACUGAAAUGUAAUUUAUAACGAGAACUAUGUAUCCUAUUUACACAGACUGAUUUCUAAACACAUUUAUUGUAGUUUAAAGACACAUUACUGGAAGUAGAAUAAGUACCACGUUUCCUGACGUAGCUUGUAGGUUAAUGAACUAGCUAGAUACAUUAUGUAUAUUCCGCUGGAUAGUAGAGAGAGAAAUAGAGCUCCACACACUGGAAACUGCUGACAGUUAAUGACUGCAAUUGACUGUCAGCCAACACCGCAGGUAGACCAUGGCAUAGAGUUCAUUGCCGUGUCUGUCAGAUGCUGGGCAUCACCCUGCCCCCUCAUGAUUCCUAAGGAGACGCAGGCUGCCAGAUUACUUCUGUGUCUUGAGCUGUAGUACUGCAAUGUCCCAUAACUUCGAGCCUGGACCUGUGAUGGAGUCACUACCCCGUGACCAUGGGUCUCCCAUCGACGUGCGGUAGGACCAUGGGCCCGCAGGAGCCCCGAUUUAUGGAGACCCCUCUGGGUAUAUGGUCGGUGAGUCGGAUGUAUUUCCAAAUGGACCACCGGUCCAGAAGAAGGAAGGGCCUCUCCAGCAUCCACUCUGCUCUGUGACUUAGGGGCAGAGGUAAGUCCAGGUGUUCUGGUAUAAUAGCGCUGCGAUAUUGGCCUGGCUGCCAUUGUCUGCUUCACCUGGCCACCCUGACGUGGAUCAGCACUGUGGUUGCCUUGAGCAGGUUCCAGGAGAUGGUGUGCCAGUUUGCACCAAAAGUCUGCAAAUAGUGCGUCAGCUUGCCCCCAGGAGAUGCAGAAGGUUUCUGCAGAGGUUGUGGAGGAGCAGCCAUCUUAGGUGAGUCUUGCAGCUGCUGUAUAGUCUCCCCUGAUGUGGAGGCGAGUGUAGCAAGCGGGGACCAGGAUAACCCCAAAAGGGUUCGAGAGGGGGGGUGGCAGCGAGGCUGCAGUUGUGCCUCUAUUAAGAGCAUGUCCCGUGUCAGGGGAUCGGCCUCCUCCCCUAGAUGUCGGGCCACGCUGUGUGCUAGGGUGCAAAGCAGAGGUGCAGAGCCGGUCAGUGCUGCUGGACAAAAUGGGUAUUCCCGCAUUGACGCUGGAUUGCGAAGCGAACCUCCGGUUCCGUAUAGCAGUGUUCGAUAUAGGAUCAAACCGUAAGACCGUUUUUUUUUUUUUGCUUGCCUGAGCCGGAGCUGAUGGCGCGUCCGGCCAUCUUGGCUAUCAGGCCCCGCCCCCUGCUGUGGAGCUCCAUUAUACACUCAGACACACCAACAAUAUGGAGCUCCUAGAAAAGAGCGACAUUAGCACAGAAAUCCCAAAAUAGGGACUGUUGACACUUGGGAGGCAUGUAUAUAGUUUGAUAAUGACCUAUAUUUCUGGGGCUUUAUACAGGGGGCACCUGAUCAGGUCGAUUCCAUAAAUCCCCGAAAACGUGAGACAUUGUAUCGAUAUAAUGCUGCGUCUGAACCAAAGAUACUUUCUUACAUAAGUUUCAGAAUCUCCGUUCCCAUGAUUUUAAGGAAACUUAAUUCUGUGUUAGAGGGUUUAAAGUCUUAUGCUAAUUCCUAGCGUCUUAUCUGGUAGAAUGCUCUUAGAGCUCACUUUUUAAUGAUUGCGAAAGGAUUGUGUUUCUAAUCCUAUUGGCCGUUACAGCUGGCCUUUCUUUCAUUGCUAUGUGUAAUAGUCGAGACGACCAGAAAACGAGAUCCAGUUAGAAAAGAAAUAAUGGGAUAAGAGGCCGAUGUUUUUGUGUAAACGUGCGUGUACUCGAUCUGUACAUACAAAGCACUUUAUUACGGGGAUUAAUACGAUCUUUAUAACGUACACAAAGUUCUACAAACAAAGUAAUUUCACUUUAAAUCUGGUGUAAGUAAGCGGAGUAACUUAUCUUUAUAUUCACACUUUAUAUAUAUAUAUAUAUAUAUAUUAUAUAUAUAGCAAACAUAUAUCAAAAGUUCAUUAAUGACCUACAGCAAAACAAAUACCUUAGAUUGAAAAAAAUAUAUAUUUUCUGUCUCCUUGCAUCCUAACAUGGAUUUUUGCAAUAAACACAAUUUAUUUUUAAUUAAAUGUGAAGCUGUUUGCUGAGUGAGGGGUGCUCUGUACCAGCUAGGUGUGUCCCCACAUAUUAUAUAAAACCUAUAAAACCAGGCCCAUCCAGCUGUAUUAACUCAUUAUUGCCUCUUUGGAGAGAUCAGGAUUUGACAAUCGUUCUUUUUUUCUUUGUCAGAUCUAUUUUUACAGACUCAUGCCUGGGAGAAGGGAAUCUGAAAAUGAUAGAGAUUGCAAAGCAGGUAAUCAAUAUAUCCGAGUGCUGAGAUUAAAGAAUUAUUUUACUUUGUGUCCGCCACCACAAUCAGCGUCAGCCGUGGGCACCAAUACCGGCUGAUUAUACUUUAUCACAUCAAAAGCCACCACUAAAAGAAGUGAUUGUCAGAAAAUCUGUUCCCUGGGAAACCGUGCAUAGCAAUUUUAUUUUUAUUUUUGUAUAAGCGUGUGUAUAUGUAUGGAUAAGAAUGCAGUGUGUAAGGCGCUUCAGAAUAGAAUAAAUACACGUGAGCAAAGUUAAGUGGGUUGUGUGACUGAUAUAAUAAUAAUGCUUCCCUAACACUGUAACCAUGGAAUACCAAAAACAGAGUUAAAUAUCAGUGUAUAGACACAGGGCCGGUGCAAGGAUUUUUGCCGCCCUAGGCAAAUAAAAAUUUGCCGCCCCCCCCCCCCCAUGUCCUGCCCACCAUGUAACAUCACAAUGCCCCGCCCAUAUGGGCCAACGCCAGUCUUCACAAAGUGUCUUUUAUCUGAAAAGACAGUGUGUUUACAUUAAAAAGCCUACAGGCACAGGCUAUAGACACCAGAACCACUACAUUAUGCUGUAGUGCUUCUGGUGACUAUAGUAUCCAUUUAAUGUGAGAUUAGUGCCACUAAUAAUAUAUUGGAUUGCCUACUUACCACCAGAUGAGGACAAGAGGCUGAUGAUGGGCUCAGUCUGGCUCCACAGGUCUGGUGUAGAAGAGGCUCUCUGGAGACUGUUUUUAACAGAGCUCACAACAAUUAACGAACAGGAAGCAGCUCCAUUUUUUAGGGCCCCUUACACAGCUCAAGGUCUGGGCCCCCAGGGCUUGACCAUGAGUAUGCCUACAAUGCCCACCCAUAAAUACCUACAUGGCCCACCCAUGAGUUCUCUCACAAGAAGUGUAGUGUAUGUGUGUAAGGGAUGUUUUAUGUGUUAUUGUAGAGGAUGCAAUGUGUGUGUUCUUAUACAAUCUAGUGUAUAGGGAUACCAAUUUGUAUAAGGGAUGUAGUGUGUUUAUAGGGGAUGCAGUGUGUGUUUGCGUGUAAGGAAUGCAUUGUAUGUUUCUGUGUGUGUAAGGGGUGCAAGGUGUGUUUCUGUGUAUGUAAUUGAAUGCAGUGUGUGUCUGGAAGGGGUGCAUUGAUUGUGUAAGAGAUGCAUUUUGUUUCUGUGUGUAAGAGAAUGAGUGUUUGUGUGAACGUAAGGGAUGCAUUGUGUGUUUCGGGUGUGUCUGUGUGUGAGUAGGAAUGCAUUGUAUGUUUCUGUGUGUGUGUGGGGGGGGGAUGCAUUGUGUUUGUGUGUAGUGUAAAAGAGAGGGUUUGUGGGGUAGGAUAGGGACUGAGAGGGGAACAGCUCUUUAUUUUUAAAAAAAAAUUUCAUAGUGCUCUCCCCUCCUGUCAAUUAUUGAUUUCCCCUUCCCUCCUGUCCCUCCGUGUUCUACCCCUUCUGUCCCUUAGUGCUCUCCCUUGGCCCCCUGUCCCUCUGCAGUCCCCCUUGGUGGUCUUCUCACUCCCCCCUCUCUCCCUUAGUGGUCCUCCAUCCCUUCCCUUAGUGGUCCUCCCUCUCCCAAACCCCUUAGUAGACCUUCCCCUCCUCCCCCCACCCCCUUAGUGGUAAUCCCCCCCCCUCAGUGGUCAUUACCCUCCCCCUCCCUUAGUGGUCCUCCCUCCUUACCCCCCUUUGGUGGUCCUUCUCCCCCUUAGUGGUCCUUACUCCCCCCCACUCCCCUAAUGGUCCUUACUCCCCCCACUCCCCCAUCCCUAGUGGUCCUUACUCCCCCUCCCUAAUGGUCAUACUCCCCCUCCCUAAUGGUCAUUACUCCUCCCACUCCCUAAUGGUCCUUACUCCCCUCCUCUGUGGUCCUUACUCCCCACUCCCCAUGGUCCUUAUCCCUCCCACUCCCCCCCUCCCCUGUGGUCCUUGCUCCUCCCCACUCCCCUCCCUAAUGGUCCUUACUCCCUCCCCCACUCCCCUCCUAAUGGUCCUUACUCCCCACCCUAAUGGUGCCUCCCCACCCCUAAUGGUCCUUGCUCACUCUCCCUCCCCACCCCCUGGUCCUUAGUCCCUCCCCUAAUAAUGGUCGCCUCACUCCCCCACCCCUAAUGGUCCUUGCUCCUCCCACUCCCCCCCCUCCCUAAUGGUCCUUACUCCUCUCCACCCCUAAUGGUCCUUGCUCCCUCCCACUCCCCCUAAUGGUCCUUAGUCCCUCCCCACUCCCCUAAUGGUCCUUACCCCCUCCUGCCUAUGUAGCGUGGCCGGGCGGCGCGGAACGCGGGACAGGAACCUCUGUUUCCUGUACCCGGCCGCCGGCGGACUGAAGGGAAGUGCUCACUCAGUGAGCACUUCCUGUCAUUCCGCCGGCGGCCGGGUACAGGAAACAGAGGUUCCUGUCCCGCGUUCCGCGCCCCCUGCUAAGUUGCGCCCUAGGCGGCUGCCUAGGUCGCCUUACAGGUGGCGCCGGCCCUGUAUACACAAAUCCCAAUGGGUUGAAUAAUAAGUUACUACAUCUAUAUGUAGAUGUAGUAAUAUAAUACGCCUAAAAUAUCAAUAUAAAAAACAACAUAGUGUGAACUGUUUAAAACACUUUGUCUAAAAUAAAUAUAGGACUACCACUCACAUGGCUCAGAGCCGUACCAGGCUCUGUAUAGCCGGCUCGAGGGUGCCAAUACUGGCUUUUCAAUUCACUGAUAAAGUAGCAGAAGAUGGGACUUCAGAUGUGUAGUCAAAAAUGAACUUUAUUUAAGUAUAACAUUAAAACUCAAGGUAUUUUACUAGAAUGGUAGUGGAACUAAAAGUGCAUAAAUCCAAAUGGUAAAAAAACAGGGUCCACUCACCACCACAAAGACAGUAACCCGGAGUAUCAAAACAAUAUAUAAUAUAAAAAUACAGCAGACGCGUUUCACCCGGUAAGCCGCCUUCCAGUGCUGAUGAUCAGUUCAAAUGUUCGUCUUUUUAUGUCCCAUCUUCUUACAAUCACCUGUGUGCAGUUUUCGAAUCACGGAACGUCACUUCCGGUUUUGUGCUUGACGCCACUUCCUCUCACGUCUCGGUGGAACGCACGUAUGGAACGCAGCGUUCAAUGUGAUUAGGAGUCCCGCCGGAACAUAGCAUUAGUUCAAUAGUUCCGAUACUUUUACUUGUAUCUCGGUAUAGGAAACAGAACAAUUAGUUUAAAUAACGUAUAUAACACCCUUGAGCCGGCUAUACAGAGCCCGGUACGGCUCUGAGCCAUGUGAGUGGUAGUCCUAUAUUUAUUUUACACAAAGUAUUUUAAACAGUUCACACUAUGUUAUUUUUUAUAUUUAUAUUUUAGGCGUAUUCUACUACAUCUACAUAUGGGUGUGUGUGUGUGUAUAUAUAUAUUCUGUCACUUGUACGGAAAUGUCAGUGUUCAAUACGAUAUUGAGAGUCACCUAUAACUUGUGUGUUUAUUCAUUUUGUUUGAUUUCUAUCCUUUUGAUCAAUAACAACAUAAAUAUAUUUUUAAAGAAACACUCAUUCAUUGGAAUUAAGUUGUUAUGGUGCUAGGUGGUCCCUGGCGCCGGCUUACCUUGACAAACGCUGGUUUAACCCUAAAAUCCAGUCAUUGAAGUUGUUAUGGUGCCUGGAGUGUUCCUUUAACCUUAGUAUUUUCCUUUAUUGUAUUCGAUUCACCCUCUGCCUUUAAUAAUUAAGAUAAUUCAAGUUGUAAAAUGCAGCUGUGAUGUAAUAGUCUCCUAUCAGCCAUUCUCAGGCUGACCUGUGGCACAAGCAUGACAACCACCGUGCAUCGCCACUCAGAUUCUUCUCUUCUGGAAGCGUUGAUUCCAUAGAGAGAGCUUACAGAGAGGAGGAGAAAUGAAACAAUGUUAAUAUUUCUCCUCUUCGUUUGCAUUGUGUGCCCUGCCUGUGCCUUGCCUGAACUGUACUAUGAUGUCAUUUGCUAAAUCUGUAACAUAAAUUUUAAAGAACACGGAGCAACUCGUGAAAAAUGUGGUUUACUCAAGUUAUAGGUGAUUUUCAAGGUUUGUUCAAUGGUUUAAAUUCUAGAGAAGUGACCGCUUAUGCUUCUACUCAAAAUACAACAUAGUAAUUCUAGGAUGCUGCAGUGACACCUAGUGGCUAAAUUUGGGUAGCUCAGCAUUAGUCCGUUAUAGGUUGUAAAUUUAAAUGUUUCCACUUAUAAUUUAUAAAGUGCCAACAAAUUCUGUAGCGCAGUACAAUGGGUGGACUAACAGACAUGUUUUUGUAACCAGACGAGUUAGAUGCACAUGAACAGAGGGUGUUAAGCGCCUGCUCAAACUAGAGGAAAGGUUGGGAUGCAUUUCAUUAAUGGAAAAAAGUAUUUUAUUGGAAUCUUUUACAGUGAAAGGGUUAGUUUAUUGGAUAACACAGUUAUUAUUAUUAUUGCAAUUUAUAUAGCGCCAACAGAUUCCGUAGUGCUUUAGUGCAGGUGAGGAAGUAGAGCCGGUUACUAAGAUGUGGGGAGGGAAAGCUCUUAUUGUUUGAUUGACACGCUUUCCUGAAGAAGUGAGUUUUCAAUGAUUUUUUGAAGGAGUGGAGACUGGGUGAACGUCUAACAGAGCAGGGAGGGAAGUUUCACAGGAACAGUGCAGGCGUGGAGAAAUCUUGGAGGUGAGCAUCAGAGGUGGGAGUACAAACGGGUUAGGUUAGACGUAGGUCUUUGACAGACUGUAGCGGCCUAGACAGGACAUACUUGUUUAUAAGUGAGGAUAGGUCGGUGGGAGCAGCGUUGUGCAGCUAUUUGUUAGCAAGCACCAGAAUUUUAAAUUGAACCCUGUAUCUUAUGGGAAGCCAGUGUAGGGACUGACAGAGGGGUAAGGCGUGGGUGGGUAGGAAGACUCACCUCGCUGCCACAUUCAUUAUAGACUGCAAUGGGCCAAGGCGAGAGAGGACCAGCACCAUGGCCGUAUCCGGCAUUAGAUGGGGGUAGAUGUGAGCAGUGUCUGAGAUGGAAGCAGCAGGAUUUGGCAAUUGAUUGGACAUGAGGGGUGACGGAGAGGUUGAAGUCGGAGAGAACACCUAGGCAGUGAGCCUGGGAGGUAGAGCUGAUGGUGGCGCCGUUGACUUGGAGGGAGCAGCAACAUUUGAGAGAGAAAAGACCAGUUUUGGACAGGUUGAGUUUAAGGAAGUGAGCAGCCAUCCAGUUGGAAAUAUCAGAGAGGCAGUUAGGGACAUGAGUCAAGAUGGACGAUGAGAGAUCAGGAGAGGACAGGUAGAAAUAGGAGAGAGGAGCACCCACUGGAAUUAGCAGCAAUUAAAUCAUUGGAUACACUGUCUGUUUGGUUUUGUUUUGCUGUUUGUUUUUAUUGUUGGGGGCAGGAUUGUUUUUUUGUUUUUAUCCACUUUCUCGAUGUUUUUAUAGUCAAAGUGAAGAAAAUAACCCCCUCCCUCCUGAAUUCAAUAAAUAAAUAUAUCUCUGUCUGUUCUAUGGAUGUAUCUGUGAAGUUCCUGUAACCAUGUAGAAUGGACAGGAUUGUUACAUGUCCAAUGGAGUUGUUUGGUGUUUGUCUAGUAAUGAUGUAACACAGAGUCUGCUGUUUUGUUCUGUAAUAGAUCAUUCUGAUUAUUAUAAGCUGCUGUUUUUCUGUAGCACGGCUCCGCUGUGAAACUUCCUGGCAGUGGGGGAGCAGUGAUCGGAUUGUGCCUCCAUCCAAAUAAACUGGUAUGGAAUGUCUUCUAUUCAAUAACUUAAUCAAACCUGUGUUUAUGAAGCAAAAAUCCUAAAUUGUGUCUCUUCAUUUCAAGAUGGAACUGAAGAAGGCAUUUCAGGAGAAUGGUUUUGUAUUCUGCCACAUUGUCCCCCACAGUCCGGUGACAGCCAUCGUAAAGGAGGAAAGUCCUUCAGGACCGCGAUAACCAUCCAGUUACCAUUCUCAUUUCUCAUCAUCUUUAGGAAAUGUUUGUAGUAAAUAAUUAUGUCAUUAUGUAAAACAAUAAAUACUUUAUCUACAAUUUGCUGCUGUAAAAUAAAUGUAUGAAUUACUUUCUACUCAUUCUGUCAACGUGCAAUUAUUAAAGAAAAUACAACUUUAGACAAAAUAGAUCUUAAAGUAAUGUAUGAAUCCUGAAAUACUAUAUGGAAUCUGGGGCACAGUAUGGAAUCUGGGGUGCUGUAUG